CAAACUGCUAACAAGCUAUCACUAACAACAACAAUCGCAACAAGGUUUGCUUGUUGUUAUUGUGCACCGAAACCUUAAGAAUAAUCUACGAUGCUUACACAAUGAUGGCAACGGCCAAUGCACUUGUGCCAAGGGGGGCACUCACCAGCAACUCUUCUUCUCUCCUUCAAUCGAGGAUUACCUUACGAAGACACUCGCCGGCAUCAUGAGCUUAGGAAAUAGCAUCGUACAGCGUGCUCUCAUCACCUAUCAUGAUCUGAGCAUGGCGACCAAGGCGGCGCUCGCCAUUUCGAUCGCCCUCGUCCUGUACAGAUUCUUAUUCCGACAUGAGUCCACCAGACGCAAGGAGUUGCCAGCUUGGGGACCCAUUGAAAUGGGGCUUGUCAUGUACUUGCUGGAUGGAGCACAUAACAGCAUGGUCUAUCGGAUCUACUCUACAAUCCGUCGAUACGGUGGCUCGUUCUACGGCAUCUCAUCGGCAAAUCAGACUCUCAUUGGGUAUGAAGACGUCGAUCGCCUGUUUUCGUCUCAGAUGAACCACGCCCUCAGCAUCGAGUGGCAUGGAUAUGGCCUCUUCCUCCGUUUCUUCGGGUUUCCCGACACACCAGCUUUGAGGAAGAAGGUCGAAAGCACGUUCAAACCUUGGCACUCUCCAAUCGAAAGGGUCUUCAACAACGAUGCCGGUGCCACUGCAGCCUUUGAGAGGGGUAAUCUUCCCAAGAUGGUGUCCGAAUUCGUCAGUUUCAGCCAGGAGAAGGAGAAGAUGAAGAGAUGGGAACUCCGUGCCGAUACCAAGGUUAUCAAACAAGGUGAAGCGGUCGAGGCCAAUUUCUCAGCUCUGAUCAUGGACUUUGGUGCUUGCUUCACCAUCCCACCCAUCUUCGGCCACGACCUGCUGGAUCGCAACCCGCACCUCCUGGAAGACAUCUGGAAGUUCGACCAUGUUGUUCCGCUGCUGUUCAUCAACAUGCCGAAGUGGGUUCCGUUCAAGGUCAUGAAGGAGGGACUAAAAGCUCGGAAGCGGCUGCUUGACGGAGUUGAGGCUUUCUCACGCCGCGUCACCCAGUUUCAGCGAGGAGAGAAAGUUGACGACGCCGCUGAGAUGUCAGAUGUCAGUGAUGUUGUGCUGGAGCGCAAUACUGCUCUGAAACGGAAUGAGUGGUCUUACAAAGAGCGUGCCGCCUCCGAGUUGCUCGUCCUUUUUGCCAGCAAUACCAACACUCAACCAGUCCUCUUCUGGCUCGUUUUGUACAUCUACUCCACGUCGGGGCUGGUAGACACACUCCGCAAGGAGGUUGCGCCCUUCGUCACUCUUUCCAACUCGCACAACAAAAAAGAAAUCACGGCGAUAGACACUUCCGGCAUGUCCCGCGAAUGCCAGCUCCUCAAGUCCAUCAUCCUCGAAACCCUCCGCCUCGCAUUCGGUGCCGUUUCCACUCGCUUCGUCAAACGCCCCAUCACCGUCCAAGACGGCAACCACACACACCAGCUCCAUCCAGGCACCUUCCUAUCCGUCGCUCACUCCUUCUCCCAGCGGGACCCAUCCUUGUACCCCGACCCAGACAAGUUCGUCCCCGAUCGCUUCCUCGAGACGGAUCCCUCGUCCGGUAAACUGGUCGCCAAGUACGGAAAGCUGAGGCCGUGGGGCGCUGGGGCGAGCAUGUGCAGAGGAAGGCUGUUUGCGGAGAAGGAGCUGAUGGCUAUCGGCGCGGCGCUGGUGAUGCUGUGGGAUAUCAGUCCCGCUGGUGGUUGUGAGUGGAGGCUGCCGGAGAUGGUGGGCGGCCCGGGACCGGUGAAGCCGAAGGAGGAUGUUAGGGUUGUGAUUCAGCGGAGGGUGUUUGUGUCUUCGGAGUAAACGUAGCGCUAGUGUUCUUAACGGUGCUUUUGGGGUAGAAUGGUUCAAUCCAGUGUGCUUUCCGCCGUCUUUCUGCCACCUGGUGAUUCACCUCAUGGUACUUGAGUGCCACCUCUUCCGC